AUGGCAAACACCAAGGAAUACGACAUUCCAACUACUGCUCCAACCAGGCUGAGACAAAUUGCGCUCAUUGCAGAAGACCUUGACCGCGCUCGAGAUCUGUUGACAAGGAUUCUUGACACGGAAGUUGUAUUCGUGGACCCGCAGGUGGCGCGAUGGGGUCUGAAGAACUUUCUAGUGGCUAUUGGAGGCGACAUCAUCGAAGUGUGCUCCCCUUUUAAGCCUGACACGACAGUGGGGAAACUACUUCAAAAACGAGGCGAUGGCGGAUAUAUGAUCAUCAUGCAGACCUUGGAUGCUGCCGCAAGAAGAAGAUACAUUGAGUCGAGGAACCUGGCCAAGGUCAUCUUCAGCCAUCCGCACGGAGAUGUCGAGUGUGUCCAGUAUCAUCCCAAGGGGAUUGCUGGAGGGAUGAUGCCAGAAUUAGAUUCCCAUGCACCGUCGGCCACGAAUCCUACUCCCCUGGACAGUCCCUUCAGUCCCUGGCACGCUUGCGGAUCGGACUACGAAAAGUACUCGGCUGGGAUGAAGCGUUGCGCACACCUGAAGCUGGUCAAGGCAACCCUUCGCCUGAGUCCGGGCAAAACAGACGUCGACGCCGCCGCCCAGCAGUGGCAGGACUUUUUCGGAGUGGAGAAACAGGGGAGCGAGCUAGUCUUCACAAACGCCCGCUUAAACUUCGUGCCGGGAGUGGACGGGCUGCCUGAAGGAUUAGAGAGCCUCACUAUCGAGGUCAAGGGCAAAGAGAGGCUCGACAAGAUGUUGGAGGUGAUUCGCAAGGAGGGCCUUUGUGGCGACGGGUGGUCGAAUCUGCUGGGCGUGAAAUGGUUCUUCGUGCUGCGGGAUGACGAGAAGGAUAAGGUCAAGGGGAGAGAGAGCAGGCUGUGA